UCAAAUAUCUGCAUAUAUUUUGGUUUGGCAGAUCUCUAGUUAGCGAAAAUUUCAUCAAGGACAUCAUCAAAUAAAAAGUUUUGAUCAAAUGAAAUACAUUAAAUAGAGAGUUGUUUAUUACUAUUCAAGUCUAGUUUCUGAUUUACAUUGAAAAUCGAAUAAAACAUGCUUAAUCUACGCAAAGGAUGUUCAGGGGGAUCCCGGGAAGAAAAAAAGGUGGGACGUGCCACUUCCACAAUGAGCGUCCCUGGUGUCGACUACUUUCUUAAGAUACAUAACAACUGUCCAUCGCCAGCCUUGUCGACUUUAACUCUUACUCCUGGUCGACUAGUAAACAUUGACCAGGACAUGGAGAACAUCAGAGCUUCAAGACAAGACAACCCUGUCGUACAGCAAAUCAUAGCCAGCAGAGAGAGUCUUAUAGAUACUUUGGAUACUGAGGAGGAUUCUGACGACGCCAACUUGAUGGCUAAGGAACUGUCCUUGGAUCUAGACGUUGACCCUCUGUCUCUCCCAGAAGUGCACAAGCAUAUGAUAAGAAGUCCACCUCCGACACAUUGGCCCAGGUCACCGAACUUCAAAGCCUUCUUGUCACCUCUCGAAGAUGAAAUGAUCUCAGUCGAAGUAAACCUCCUCCGCAGUAUUUCCGGAAACUGUUAUGGUAGUGUCAUCUGCGAAUAGGAUAAUGAAACCUUGUUUUAUAUACUUCGGAAGAUCAUUUAUAUAGAUAGAGAAAAGCAGUGGGCCUAAAGUGGACCCGUGUGGUACCCCAAGGAUAAUAUCUUGAAUAUCAGAUACUUCAUUAUUCACAGUCACUACCAUUUUCCUAUCUUGCAUAAAAUAUUUUAUCCAUUCCAGAAGGUACCCUCUAAUGCCAAUGUUAUAUAACUUACUAACCAUUAUAUUAGGAUCAUUUACUCUUUUUGCCAAGGCGCACUAAUGGAUUAUACACUAAUUUA